CAAUUAAUCAACCUGCUUAAACAAAUAAAUGAACUUCAACCUCAACUUCUUGAAUCGUGUCGAAGAUCUCGUCGACCUCUGGACCGCCGUAGUGCAGUGCCCUUUUCGGCUUUUCAUCGGAAAUUCCCAUUCCAAUGGCUAGUGUCUCGAAUCUUCCUAGCCAUUUCUUUCAUCUUGGGUCUGCAUUUCCAUAAUCCAUAAUGGUAGAGAAAUCGCCAUAAUCUUUUGGCCGGAAAAUGCUUCGGAAAUCUCUUUGGAAAUCGCUUUGGAUGUUUUUUUGGAAAUCGUUUCGGAAAUCCCUUCAUAUCCUUUUGGAGUACUCUCUGUGUGUUCUAUGCUUGAUCCUCGUCGCCAGAUGUGGUGUUUAUGCCCGACUACAGAUAACCUCUUUUUGUUGGGGACCGCGUGCUCAUUCCGAACAUUUUGAUUGACAGCUGUCAGUAACACUAAAGCGAACGAAGCAUUUUUACUAGCAAUAUACAUUUUUACUUGCAAUUAAUAGUGUUAAUCAAUACGAGAAAUCAGUACCCUCAUUACGUAGCAAAAUGAUUUUCAAGAAAGUUUUUUUACUUUUGUGUUUGUACUUCAGGCUACGAUUUUUUGUUCGUUCCCAUGAACUACCCAAGCAGAAGCACGAGCACUACAGUUUUACGGCGUUACAAGAAACAUUAAAUGGCGAGGUUCUCCUCUCAGAUGAUGUCGAUAGACUCCUCUCUAAGUUGCAUUUCUGGAACUGUUCAGAUGGCAGUGCAAGGGUCGACAACAGGAAGUGUCUCUCGACAUCAGAUGUCCUCACCUACGCUGGAUCGUCGGUUAAACAGUUGAAUUCCAGCGAAUUUGUCGAAAUCAGUCCCAUGAUUGUUUACUGUCUGUUGCCUGCGCCUGAAAUGAAUCCUGGUCGAUGUUCAGCUCCCAAGAACCACAGCGAACUUUACAACUCUUUCGCAAGGAAUUAUGGCGAUCAUGGAAAUAUUACACGUGAAACAUUGGAUAAAUUAUUGGAUGAGAUCAACUCGACGAUCGGGAAACAUUUAACUGCGAAAAAGUGUUUUUCUGCUGAGGACAUUGCUAAAGAGAUUGAAGAGGAAGAAGAGGGUCAUCAUGAAGGAGAGGGACACCAUGGAGAAGAGGAAAGUCACCAUCAUAAAGAGGAAGAGAAACCCCUUCAUCUGGAAGACUUUCAAAUUGCGUGUGCCAGUAUUGUGCUACAUUUAGUACAAGGAUAUUGCAUUGAGGAGGCACAUGGACACAAUGAGACUUCCUCCCUACCUUCGAGGCAGUUCUUCAUAAAGGAGCUCUUUGAAAACAAGACACACCUCUCUGAGGGAGAUUUGGAAGCAAUUAUGAAAGUUCUUAAAAUUGGUAAAGCUGAGUCAUCAAGUGGGGAGGAUGCCCAUGAUCACGACGAUGGUCACAAGCACCGACGAAGAAGAUCUGCUGGAUCCCUCUUGUCUACAUCACUGGGAUCAAAGACCCCUCAUUCUGUUCAUCGCCGUGCAGUUGAUGAGCAUGGUCAUGGUCAUGGGACUGGAACUGGAACUUGUUACUCUCUCGACGAUAUGCUUACAGUUUUUGGCAUUGAUCACAUGAUUGGUGCAGAUCAAUUUGACUUUAAAGAACUUUGCCCUGCUUUCAUUCAACAAGCCAAAAGUGGACAUUGCAAUGAAGCUCACAAAGAUUCACCAGCAACAGAGAAGAACAUGGCAAAAAUAUGGGGCUAUGGUUUUAUUGCUGUCACCUUCAUCAGUCUCACAUCCUUGGCUGGUGUGGCCAUCAUCCCAUUUUUUGAGAACAGAAUGUACAAGAAUAUCCUGGCCACCUUGGUUGCAGUCGCUGUUGGAACAUUGGCUGGAGACGGUUUACUUCAUUUGUUACCUCAUGCAUUUGGUAUUCAUGCACACCAUGAGGGAGGUGCUGGCCAUGAAGGUCAUGAAGAAGAUAAAGGCUUUGUUUGGAAAGCUUUGGUUGUGCUGGCCUCUAUUUAUGCAUUCUUUCUGUUUGAAACUGUGAUGCGUCUGUGUUUGAAGAGUAAGGUUGGAGAACACAGCCACAUUGAUGCUGAUGUUGAGCUGCCUGGCCCUUCCAGUCGGCAUAUGAGCUUCAAAAACAAAAGGAAGUGUUCCAGUUUGGAGCACCAUGAAGGUGUACCACCUAUUGCAAAUCAUCAUGAAGAAGCACCACCUGUGGACAACGGUGGCACUGUUUUGACAAAUGUGGAGGGUCCUACAGCAUACUACAACUCCAGUCCUUUGUGUACAUUCCAUUCACACAGUGUCUAUGAGCAUGUUUCUAGUUCAGAUACUGAAGGGGGUGAUUAUCAGAAUACCAAUGGUGAGGUCAAAGGGGAUGGAGCUGUAGCCCUUCAAGAUGUUUCAGGCAAACCCAAGAAAAGUCUGAAAUCCAUCUUGUUACGCCGUUCAGUACUCAGCGAUGAAGAAGGAAUUAAAAAACCUCUGAGUAAGGUAGCAGCUGUUGCUUGGAUGAUCAUAAUAGGUGAUACUCUUCAUAACAUUGGCGAUGGCUUAGCCAUUGGUGCAGCAUUCUCAUCAGGAGGGAAUUCUGGUGUGUCUGGCGGCGUAAGUACGUCAAUAGCUGUGUUUUGCCACGAGUUGCCGCAUGAACUUGGUGAUUUUGCAGUUCUACUGACGGCUGGCAUGUCUGUUAAGAUGGCAUUGUUAGCAAAUUUCGUGUCAGCCUGUUCUUGCUAUAUUGGCUUGGUAAUUGGCAUUUCUGUUGGUCAGCAGGCUGAUGUGCGAUUGUGGAUCUUUGCCAUUGCUGGAGGAAUUUUCCUUUACGUAGCUUUGGUGGACAUGCUUCCAGAGCUGAUGCACAGCGAGUCAUUGCAGACUGAACCAGCAGUGACAUUCAUUUGUCAAAACUUUGGCAUGCUACUUGGAAUUGGGAUUAUGUUGGUGAUAUCCUUGUAUGAGGAAGAUCUAAUGGCUGUAACUUGGUAGUGAACAUUUGCCCUUGUCAAAUUGUUGUUCUACAAAGUAGUAAAAGAUUUCCUGGGGCUAUUCAGUGUUUUAGUGAAGUACAGAUUAGGAUAUUUUUAAUGUUUUUUUUGCAGGUGUUUGUUUGAUUGGAUAAGUGAGUGACAUGAUUGGCACAAGUCCUUUCUUAUGAAUAUAUUGUUUGUUCUUUCUAAUUAAGGUGGCUGAACACAGUUUUUGAUACCUUUGUUUCUUUCACCAUUUUCUCUAAAACCCUUGAUCUCUCGGUCGCCAAAACUGGCAGCAAGCAAGUUAACAACACAAACUUUGUUUGUUUGAUAGUUAAGCUGAUGUAUGUGCUGUUGCCAUGGUGACAUGAAUAGAUAUAAACAGGCAAUUAAAAUCAGUUUUGUUACUUUGUAGAAAAUCUAGGCAUUAGAUUUUCUUUA